AUGGUGACCGACCUCGUGGACUUUGUGCCCAAAACUUGGCAGUCCCCACCGGACCCACCUUCCCCGGUGUCCUAUACGGUUUCCCACGCACCUAAUACGGAUGCACCAUUGCACAACCGACGCUCUACCACGCACAAGUCCACAUCCCAACCACUGGUCACGGAGACCUAUGUCCUCGAACAGCUCGAUCGGUUGCAACCUACAUGCAUGGAGCAACCGGUCGGUCAGGAGAAGAUUUUCCAGAUCAUUUGGGUCUGA